AUGGCCCCUCCAACCAUGCUUCACCUGCCGGACGGCCAGAACUUUACCGUCACCCCGGUCUUCUCUGGCCUCUUCUUCAAGUCCCACGAGCGGAAUACACACCACAAUGCCUUUCCCAUCGGUUGGACCGUCGUGCUCAACACCGAAGACGACCUCGCGCCUGGUGAGACGGCCGAUCCUGAUGACGAAGACGAGCUGAUCCGCAGGCGCCGCAUUCACGCCUGGAAGAAGCCUACCUUGCAGAAUGACAACCUCUUCAUCUCCUCCAUCUCGAACCCUUCGAGCAGCGACUUCAAGCCUGCCGCGAGUCCGACAAGGCAAAUCGCCAUGAUGCUUUGGGUCACCCUGUACUGGUACUUCCACCAGCCUGAGCCCCAGCCGUACCUCACGACCGAGGCGUCAAAGCACACACCCGAGGGCGCGAGGCCCAAGGGCGAAUGGCGCAUCAAUGUCAAGCGGGAUGGCGUCUUUCGCGGCCGCAACCUCAUCCCCAAGCUCGAGCGAAUGGGCCUCAUCGCCAACAUGAAUUCGGCCGUCGGCACGAGCAUCGACGACAAUGGCGACGAGUGGACCCAGAUGUUUGUGUCCCGUCGCGCCUUUUGGCAGAUCCCUGGCCGUCUCUUCCUCUUCACCCUCCAGCGCAACCCGGGCUCCUCGUUCCCCGGCUCCCCCGCUGGCAGCCGGCCCGGGUCGCCCAACAUGGCCGACUCGCGGCCGCACUCGCAGAUCUUGACGCCCACACACUCGCCUUUGCCCUCCCUCAGUCGCCUCGAGGCCGACCUGCCAGGCGCGCCCGUGGCCAUGAACCUCGGCGGCCUGGCUCCAAGCUUUCCCAUCGGGCCCUUCUCGUCCACCUCUCACCUGCCGACCUACUACCCUCCCGCACCCAUGACGUACACGAUGACGAACGGCACCCGCCAUCCCCUGCGGCCCAAGCCGCCGCGCAUGGGUGAGGUUUUCUACACGCGCUUCGUCCCGAGCCAGGGCCAGUACCUUUCCUUCCGCGUCGCGUCCCUGGCGCCCAAACCUGUCCCGUACCUGGGCCCCGUCGGCUCCUCGCCACCCGAUCAUCCUCACCUGCUGACCCUUUCCGACACGGCUCUCAUGCAGCUGUGGCUGACGAAUCCUCGCGUCUCUGCGUUUUGGGGCUCAUACACGCCCAACUUUCUCAGCGAUGCCCUCUCGUCGCGUCACUCGUUUCCCGUCAUUGGAAUGUGGGACGGCGUGCCCUUUGGCUACUUCGAGAUCUACUGGGUCAAAGAGGACGUGUUGGGCCGGCAUCUUGGCGGCGGCGUCUGUGAAUGGGAUCGUGGACUGCACGUGUUUGUGGGUGAGGAAUGGGCACGUGGAAGAGUCCCCGCGUGGUUGUCGAGUCUGAUACACUGGUGUGUCACGGAGGAUUACCGGACCAUGAGUGUGUGCUUUGAGCCGCGCAUCGACAAUCAGAGGUAUGUCUCGUCUUCAUUUCGCUGGCCAAACAGGCGACUGAUGUGUCGUCGUAGGUUCAUUCAGCUGCUCCAGCAGUCACACUUUGCAAGAGAGCGGGAAGUUGCCCUGCCGCACAAACAAUCUGUGUAUAUGCGUCUCGGCAGAGAGGCGUGGGAGGGCCCUGCAUUGUGA